AUGAUUACAAAAGAUCAAAAUACAAAAAACCCUAACUUCCAAGUGUCCUUUUACGCGACUCCUGAUGAAACUGCGACGCCUGAAAACAAUGCGAGAAAAAAUCCGACUCCAGACAAACCAUCAUCGAUUCAAGGAUGUGUUACACCACCAGUUAAUUCGGCACCAACAGUACCGCAAGCUGAAGAGAAUCCACAAAUUCUUACGCAAAUUCAACCUGCUCCGGAAGCGCCAAAAAUGAAGGACAGAGAUAAAUCGGUAAGGAAAUGAGGGGGUUUACUAGCCGGAUGCGUGGAUUUUUUUUUAUUUAUAGACAAAUGUAUGAUGAGUUUCAGAGAUUCCGAUCGAAAAAUCGAACAAAGAAAAAGAAUAAAAGACCAUCGGCAUCUACUGAAUUUACAGAAAAUGAUGAAAAAACAAGUGAAGAAAAAGAGCAGACAGAGGUACUGUAGAUUAUUAUCAGAAAUGAUUAUUAAAUUUUUCUUAAAUUUUUCAGAACGACGAUUUUUUCGAGUUGGAAAAGAAACUUCGCGACUUCGAUUUUUAUCACGGAUUUCUUCCUCGAGAAGAUCUUUCAACACUUUUAACCAGCAAGGGAGAUUUUGUUUUGCGAGUUUCGGAAGUUCAAGAAGACGAUAAGCAAAAAGUGAAAAGAGAAGUUAUUCUUUCAUUGAUUCCAGUUGGAAAUUCAAAAGCAUCCGAAACGAAACCGCACAAAAAUGUGAUCAUAAAACGAGCCGGCAAAAUGUUUUUCAUUGAAAAAGCGCAUCCCUUUGAAGAUGUCAAGGAACUCUUGAAUUAUUAUAAAAAGAAUCAAGGAACUUGUAACAAAAUCACAUUUCAAUUGAAAAAUCCAAUUCUUCUUCAACCGUGGGAAUUUAUGCAUAGCGAUGUUUUGAUUGGAAAUGUUUUGGGAGAAGGUGCAUUUGGAAAAGUGACAUCGGGAUGUUUGAAAUUGAAAGAUGGCACAAUGGUAGAUGUUGCUGUGAAAAUGACAAAAGGAACUGCGUUUUUGAGUAAAGCCAAAAUUCGAGAAAUGAUGAAUGAGGCUCGUUUCAUUCGAAACUUCAACCAUAAAAAUGUGGUUAGAUUAUAUGGUGUUGCUCACGAUGAACAACCACUUUAUAUUCUUCUCGAACUUGUAAAAGGUGGAAGUUUGAAAUCGCAUUUGGCAAAAAAUAAAACAACGCUUUCGGAAAAAAUGAAACAUUGUUUGGGAUCGGCGAGAGGAAUCGAGUAUUUACAUGUCAAUAAAUGUAUUCAUCGAGAUAUUGCUGCAAGAAAUUGUUUGCUGUCUGAUGGAGUUAUUAAAAUCACAGAUUUCGGACUGUCUCGAACUGGGCCAAGCUAUAAAUUGAGGGUAACUUGAUUGAGAGGGAUUUUGAAAAAAAAAACAAUUUAUAUUUCAGACUUCGUGCAAACUUCCGACUCGUUGGCUUUCUCCUGAAGUCCUCACUACUUUGACUUUUUCAUAUGGUUCUGAUGUUUAUAGUUAUGCUGUAAUGGUUUAUGAAAUAUUUACUGAUGGCGGUGAACCAUUUGAAAAUCAGAGUAAUGCAAAUGUUAAAGCUGAAGUUCUAGCUGGAAGAUAUCUUCAAAUGCCGCAAAAUUGUCCGGAACCAUUGAAAGUUUUGAUAUCUUCCAAGGUUUUUGUUGAGAAUUCGAAAAGAGCAUCGAUGACUGAAGUGGCGAAUGAAGUCGAAAAACUAUCGACACAAAUUGAAGAAGGGCAUGGAAGAUUCAAUAUUACGAAGAAUCUUAAGAAUUUGAAUCUGAAGAAGAAGAUUUUCAAAAAUGAGGAGAAAUGA